UACUGUCGAGAUUUCAAGAUGAAGUGUGUGAAUGAUGGUUACCUGUCUGUGAUUAACGGCAGGUGUAAGUGUAUGUGUCCAGAGGGCCUCGAUCCAGCGACUGGCUGCUCCACGGUUAUACACCAAAUACCAAAAGCCGUGCUAUGGCCAGGUGGAGAAUACGCACUGUUUGCGGCAGACGACAGGUGUCCGGAUGGGUUUGAGUUGGGCACAGUGUCCCACUGGUUCCCCAAACCAUGGAAGGAGUGGAAACCCCCAGUGUCCACAUGAAUUCCACGUUCUCCCGUGAGGGGUCCACUUAUGGCUUCUGCGUGAGGACAGCCGACGAGACGCGGCAGAACACCAAGAAGACGUGGCCGCGGGGAAACUACUGCAUUCUGAGGGGGGGAGACGAGUGUCCGGAAGAUUUUGAAUCGGGCAGCUUAAAGUUUUACGGCCAGGCACCGGAAAACGCCAAAUUCACCAGUGGACCAUUACCAGAUGGAAAGUUUGGACGAAACCCGUUAUUUCAGUUCUGUUGCAAAAACACCGGCUACCUAGAAGAUGAAAUGGUGCUUCCUAACAGCACGCCAUUCAUCCUGCUGUUUUAUCGGAACCAGUACAAAACAUGUCAGCGCAUUAGAGGAAUGUAUGGAACGAAAGAAGAAUUUUUUGUGAAAACGCUACCAAGAGGGAAAAAUGUACAAACCUUUCAUGGCAUACACCCACAAGCUCGUCAGUGGUACAAAAGUGUAGUGUAUAUUCCAAUUUGCUACUAUCGGCCGUAUAAUUCAGACUGUGGCGGAGUCCUGAAGUUGACGAAAGACGAACCAAUGAUGAUCCUCGUAUCACCAAACUUCCCCAAGGAUUACGACAGUGACCUGCGUUGUCAUUGGCUCAUCAAGUCUCCUGCAAACACAACCAUUGUUUUGAAUUUUGAUAAUUUUGAGCUGGAAGAAGUGAACGGCCGGUGCCGAGACUCUCUGGAGAUUGGCCAUGUUAGGAUCGGACAACCUGGCGCAAUGUACUGUGGAGAUGGCUUUGAACGCAGCAUUCACAGUGUUUUUAACAUGAUCAAGUUAACCUUAAGAACCGACAUGGAAGAACAAAAGCAGGGAUUUAAAGCCUUGUUUAAAGUCAUAUUUCCCAGUGAGAUGUGUUACAAUGUCCGAGACCAUGGCACCACGUACCGGGGGAAAGUGAACUUCACCCGCGGCAUGGAACCCUGCCUGCCCUGGACAGACGUUACCAUGUGUAAACAUCAUGCAUUUAGAACCAAGGAUGUUUUUUCUGGACUUGACUACAACUACUGCCGUAACCCAGGAAAUGGUUUGAGACCUUGGUGCUACAUCAGAAAGACCGAUUGUGUGAGAGAUUACUGCGACGUGUGUCUGACAGAACGUCUGUUUGACAAAGUGGACAACUGCGUUGAACUGAAACAAAGUGGUUACUGUACCCGCGGCCUUCACGUCAUGUCCAGGUGUGCACUCACCUGUACCAUGUACCUUCCUCCAAUAGAACACCCGGUUGUCUACACUGAGAUCAAGUGCCACCGCCCGGACCAUGCGAAGGACGGGACUGUGGUGUCUGACAACACGAAGGCGUCGUACAACGUUGGCGAGGUUGUCAAGCUGAAGUGUGUCAGCAGUGGCAGGACGACAUUGGCGCGCUGUCUCACUGACGGCAGGUGGUCGGUCGGCACGUACGUCUGUGGAGCUUGUGCUGUGGGCUGGUCGUUCUACGCAGGGAACUGCUACAGGUACUUCAACCAGAGACUGCAUCACAGCGGAGCCACCAAGAAGUGCCAGGCACGCGGAGGAACCAUCGCAUUCACCAGGACUGCUCGCGAAGAAGCUUUUGUCUUGGACUUGAAAGAGGAAGGGAAGACAAUCUGGCUGGCUGCGACUGAUGUAGAACUUGAGGGUUACUGGGUGUGGCCUGACAACACUAAAGUUCUUUACUCAAACUGGAAGAAAGGGCAGCCUAACAACUUUGGGAAUGAAGACUGUGCAAUAAUCACCCCCACUAAUAAGUGGAACGAUGUUCGGUGCUUCUGGUAUGAGAAACACCGCUUCGUUUGUCAAACAAGACUGGGCGAUCCCGCGGCGUGUAAAGACAGAAGACACACUUGUCAGCAGCUGCUCCAGAAGAGGCCGACCUUCUGCUUUGACUUUCAGAAUUUUGCCAGACACGAAUGUCAGUUCACCUGUGGCCUGUGUAACACAGAAGGUGAUAAGAAGUGUUCGGUGCCGCGGCCGACCACAAACGUGACAUUUGUGGAGAAGAUGACAAAGGGUGAGGGCUUCACCCGUGGAGACACGUUCACUCACACCUGUAUCGACGGCUACCAGCGUGUGUCGGGCGACGCAACGCGGGCCUGCGUCUUCUGUGGAUUCUUCACCGGCAGUCCUCUUGUGUGUGUCGACAUUGACGAGACGAUCGGACCGAACAGUGAUGUGGAGCUCAUGUUGCGACGACGUGUUGGUAAGAGACACCACUACUACACGGGGGACACCGAUGAGCUGCGGGUAGACAGGAACGGGCAGAUCGUCAGGUGGGAGUUCGUCACCAGGGCCGGGGGAGUGCUCGCCUUCCAGGUGUGGAGGCCCGUCGAGGACCUCGGGGAAAACCACUAUGAACUUGUUGGAGAAAAUGUCUUCCGAAAUAUUCCUGACGGACUGGAAGUCAGAUCCCUUCACGUUUUGCGAGAUGAAAGAAUACAAGUGAAGAACGGCGAUCUCAUCGGUGUGUAUUAUGACCGCGGUCGAGCACAUCUGACGUACGAUGUGUGUAGUGACGAAACGGUCCAUGUGUUCACCAUAGACCACUUUCAGAAACAGCGCUACAAAGCGCAAGACGUGGCAAAGUUUUCGGAAGAUAUAGGUUGUGCCGUGUUCUCCAUGAGGGCUGUCAUUGCGCCAAGUCCAGAAUUAUGAUAGGUAGCUCAGUGUAUGCUGGAACAGAUUUUAAAGACGAAUUUAAUUUAUUUAUAUAUUUUUUAUUAAAUAUAUUAAUGGAUUGUUAAUUCAAAUAAUUCAUGAUAUAAAGCCACUGCCUUAUAUAUACUACUUUAUGACUAUAUACGCAUACACUUUACAAGAUGCUGUUUUGUUAAAUUGUCUUUACCAGUGCUUCCAUGGAGCUAAUAUUCAUACAUACGAGUGUCACACAUUGGGUUGUACCGAACAUGUCUACACACAUAUUAUAGUGUAUUUUUCUCGGAAUGUAUUUUGCAUUACAUAAUCGUGUAUGAAUAUCAUCUGAUGGACAAGAAAUUAGAAACAAUUGUUAAAGAAGAACCCUGCAAGAAAUUAGAGACAUUUGUUAAAGGAGAACCCAGCAAUUAGUUAAUUAUUGACCAACAACUGUCAGAUAGCUGCUUAGCUGCAGACCUGAUGUCAAUAUCAAGCACGGGGGGAGAAAGGGGGUGGGGUGAGGAAGGAGGUGGGUGGGUGGGGCUGGUUGGGGGCUAUAUAAUUCUGAAUAAAAAAUAUUGGUAGUAAAUCUUAAGGCAGAGAUGAAUUUUACAUGUAAAAUACAGGAAAUUGCAUUUCAGGACAUCUAGUUUUAAAAAUUAUAUGGGGGAGGGGAGUAUUCCCCCGAACCUCCUAAAAACAUUGCUUUGUGACCUCAAUCUCAGUCAGCCACCCCACCCCAUCUCUAUUUGCUUCUGCUAUGUCUGAAUAUGUCUUUGGUCUGUUAGCCACCAGGCGACCGAGAUGCAGGCCAAAUGAUUCCAGGUUUUAUGGGAAACAUGUUUUCAGUUCUGUGCUCUUGAUAUCAUCAGAACCCACAGGAAAAUGUUUUUCAGUAAUCUUGUAGGUGCGUGUGCAGAUGGGGGCAGGGGGGUUGGGGGUCGACUCCCCCCCCCUCCCCCCCCCCCCCCCAAUCUGCACAAUAUUGUUUUUCUUUUUUAAUGUAUUUUCUCAUGUAGCAGGAUCACAGGAUCACAGGAUCACGUAGCAGGAUUCAGCCCCCCCCCCCCCUCCCCUCCGCACAGUUUCCUGAACACAGACCUGUCUUGGUGAUGGUGGACUAUGUUAUAUGAUUAUGUGUAAUGGACUUUCAGUUUUGUGAUUUUCAUCAGUACACUGCCGACAUGCUACUGGAACAUAUCACUUCCAUGAAAUCAUGUGGCUUUGAGAUCUAUGGAAAACCUUAAUUUUUCCACAAUUUUUUAUUUUAAAAUACCUACUGAAAACUGUUCCUAUGUUUUUUGUGGAUGAAAAGGUCACAGUAACCACUUGAUAUUUCAAGAAGGGGAGGGUGUUGGGUUUCAACCCACCCAGCUCUAGCAAAUUGCUUUUUAAUGCUUUUUCCAGGGGAGCUUGUCUCGACCUUCCUAUAAAAUUCACUAGCCACAGUAUAGACCCCAGCCUGCUAAAAUAACUGUGCAUGCAUCUGCAUCUCUGAAGUGACAUGACAGCACAUACCACAGCCACUAAUAACUACUGCAAGUGGUGGUCUUGAAGAAUAUGCGGUUCCUGUCCAUAUUUAAGAGAUGAUAAAUAUAAUAGGUCUGUGCUGUUCUUUAAAUACAUUUAUAUUAGUACACUUACAAAAACAGAAAAUUACAAACUUUUUAACAGAAUGUUAAAAUUGAUACAUGUAUGACUGUGAACGCCUUCAUUCCUGUGGUCUGAAAUUUUGUAAAAAAAAAAAAAAAGACAAAAAAAAUCACAUUUCAUUGGUUACUUAAGUUCGUUGAUUGAAAACAUAGUAUAAUAAAUUUGUAUUAUGUUUAUAUGUAUGUAUACAUGUAUAUUAUAUUUUCAUUGUAUUCUUAAAUUCAUUGAAAGUUAGACCACCACAAAUUAAAAGUGAUUUAACAAGUGUCAAUUAAAGGGACAUUCCUGAGUUUGCUGCAUUGUAAGAUGUUUCCGACUAAUAAAAUACUUCUACGAUUAAACUUUCAUAUUAAAUAUAUUUUCUUGUUUAGAAUAU